AUGACAGAAGCAUCGGAGCCAGAUGCCUUGAAUCUGACGGAUCUGUUGACACCGUCUCCUCCGAUCAUAUCACUACCCAUCCUUGAGGCAUCCGUUUUGAUGACUGUUGUGGCCUUCCUCGCCUUGGUCAUCAAUCUAUAUUUGCUGAAUGUAAGUGCACAAUAACUUUGUUAUCAUCUGCUUUCAGUGCUCGCGUUUUCUCCGGAAACCAAUUGGUGUUAACCUCCGGCUUUGUGUCAGUUUGACAGCUUCCAAUGCGGCUUGUGCCCAGUUUUAUAUAUUAAGCAAUGUCAUCAAUGUUCUCCUUCCCGCAGCCAUGAAUUCCGAUGGUGUUAUAUCAAACUGUUUCACUAUUCUGAUAGAAGUAAGUGUCGUCAAUCUGAUUGCAUUGGAUUUGGUUACAGAUUCUGAAGAUUGGAACUUUCUUCGCAUCAGUUUUUACACUCCUGUCAUUGGCUCUAAAUCAUUACGUUGGAGUGGUUUAUCCCCUCAGGCGACAUGCAAUUACCUCAAAGACUGUGCGAAUAGCCAUCACACUAGCUCAUUGCGUUCCAAUUAUGGCAUUUUUGGUUCUUUUUACAGUGGUUCCGGGUGGUUUCAGGGCUGGGAAACCUUUCGCUUUCUUUUCGAAACAAGGAUGCCAAGGCGGGAAUAUCUUCAGUGAGUUCUUCUGAAUUAUAAAUCACAUACUAUAAACAACUCAAACAGUUUAAUUCCUGCUUUCAGAGCGGUUCUCAGUAAGGAUAGCCAUUGCUUUGCCCUUCAUUGUAUUUGUUUUGAUAAUCUCGGCACUGUACAUUCAUAUAUUAAUUCACAUGCAUUCUAAUACAUCUGACCCCAUCUUGGCUAGUGCGCAUACGAAAGCCAAGAAGAACUCGAACAGACGUUUGUUGAGCACAAUAAUGCUCCUGGUUGGAUCAGCAGUGUUGGGUAUGGAAUUCUGAUGAGAUUUAAGAAAAAUUAUCUUUUACUUGACAUUAUGACAACCAGUUAUUAAUUUCAUUGAUUUAGGAUGGCUUCCAACACUAAUGCAAUACAUCUUGUUUUGUUCCGGCUGCAUAUUUCAGCUUCAACUGACACAUGCAUUCUAUGUUAGUGUGAUCUCUCAGUUAGUGAACGUGCUCAAACUUUUGGCAGAUGCUUUUAUUUAUGCAAAUCGCCUAAUUGAGAUUAGAUAUGCUAUGUGGAUAUUUCAUCGAAAAAUCCUAGGCGGGAUUCCAGGUGAGUAAAUGCCGUGAUUCAAGCUCGUUUAAUGUACAUAUUAGUUUGCUACUUAUGAGUUUUUGGCCAUUAAUAUUAAAAAAACUUUCUUUUUACAGGUAUCCGAAAUAAGUCAGCCCAAGUUGAGCCUCCGGCAGAAUUCGCUCGCUAUAUCAAGAGUACUACUGCAUAUCACACUCUAACAAGUACAACCCGAUUAAUGAAUAAGCGAAACAACUCUGCAGACUUCAAUGAAGCCAAUGGCAGUUUAAAUAAGGCCCUUGUUAAGACGUAAAAGUUGACGAGAAAGUCUCUUCCUACAGAUCUCACGGUUUAUGGAACCGAAAACUCGGAAUUGAGUCGACGUAUUAUGUGCCAUUUAGGAGUUAUAUCCACAACCAAUUAAACGAAUAAAAAAGAAAUUAUUUUGCGAUACGAUAAAAGAGCGAUACAUCAAAGAAAAACAAGGAAAGCAGGUCAUAUGACCCAGAUAUAAACAAGAUUUGUGUUCAAGAAUCGGAAUCAGAUUCUCAGAAUUGAUGACUAGCCUAGCGUGUGUCUUUCUAGGUAAGUACAGCAAGGAGAACACUACGAUCUUGCAGCCUUUCUCCCGGUGAUAUGCCAGUCUGCAUAUUUUGGUGUGUAUCUAGGGGAUCUGACUGACAAUGACAAGAUCCUUGCAAAAGCAUACAUCGCUAAUCGCACAGUUGUGCAAUUGAGUAACGUCAACAUCUCGGAAGGUAAAUAGAUUGAUGAUUUAAAGUAACCCAUCCUUAAGGACUAAAGUAUUCCUUCAUUCUUCAACGCGGAGAUGAAACGGAGAAGGUAAAAAAACUGUAUGUCGUACAAGGGAAAGGAAGGAAAGCGUUCUCAAAGCGAGUGUAGGUCUUCAAUAAAAAACCAACAACACUUUAGUAAGGAAGAUACAGAAGUCCCUGCUGAUGGCCGCCUGGUUCUCAGAAUUCCUAAAGGAAUUGAGAACUGGGAGAAGCUGGGGGUCUUUGACGAGGAUAAACAGGUAAACGCGAUACUGUAGCGUCGCAGCGUGAUGUUCAAAAAUUUCAGACCGUCGUAGCCAGUAUUACUCUUGACAAACCGGCCCCAGAGCCAUACUGUUGUUUACAGUCUUCUGAAAAUAGAGGAGUUAUUGGGAAACAUUACAAUGUUUCAACCGGGCCUGUCACGAUCUUGGACUCACACACCUUCCGAAUCCCACAAUUCGCCUUCGAUGGCACAAAGGCGCCAGGUAAGUGACAUAUGGAUAAAACCUCAAUACGAUACUCAUUAGAUGGUUGGAUAUUUGCCGGAAAAGGACCUGUGAACCAAGAGACGGGACAUAAAUUGCAAAUCCUUGGACGAGAUGAGGAAAGGUAAGAAAAAAGUUGAAAAAACAAAUCUCGUUUAGUCAUUGUGCUCUUCAUGAACAAUAUGUGGGGAACACUGAACUAAUCGCUCGUCUUCCACCAAACGUUUCUGUCUAUGACAUAAAUUAUUUCGCGGUAUUCUGUUAUCAAUACGACGUAGACUUCGGUCAUUUGGAUGUAAAUCUAACCCCAGAACACAACCCUCUUCCAGCUUAUAUUCCCCCAAUUUCAUCUGAACCACUCAUACUGCCUAAGAAAUGUGACUAA